AUGUCACAGCAACCACAACAAAAGAAAACGAAGACAGAUCAUGAAUCCGCUAAUAGUAACGCUAUCAAUCUUGCCGACGAUAUCCUUGAAAAUAUUUUCUCAUUUCUACCGAUAAAAGAAGCGGUAAGGAACGGGAUUCUAUCAAGAAGAUUCAGAAAAUCAUGGAUUUGGAAUCGUUGCCUCGACUUCGAUAAGGAAUUCGCUAGUGGUCUGACUCGAGAAGAAUUUAUUAACAUCGUGGAUCAGAUUUUGAAGCUGCAUGCGGCACCGAAGGUAAAUACGUUCCGACUUUUUAUUAAUCCAAUCAAGGAGUUCUCGAUGGUUCGUGAAUGGAUUAAUUUUGCAACCAUGAAAGAAGUUGAAGAGCUCGAUCUAGAUUUCUCAGCUGGAAACACCAAUUAUAUGUUGUUACCUCACCAUCUUUUGAAAAAUGGAUCGGUGAGGGUUCUGAAGUUAUCACUUUGCGCAUUUAUCUUGUAUCCCAGCCUUAAUGGCUUGCGUUCUCUUACCACCGUUGUUCUUAGACAGGUUGAUCUCAGUGAGAAAUCAAUCGAAAUUGUAUUGAACAAUUGUUUGUUUAUUGAAUUAUUAGAACUAACCAAGUGUAGGAGACUUUGUCAUCUUAACAUUUCAGCUCAAAAUCUGAGGAGGUUUAGGAUACUGAAGGUGGUAGAUUGUUCCAAUCUCCUUUAUGUGGAUAUUGAUGCUCCUACUCAUUCUAUUAUUUUGGGGAUUUACGAGUACUAA